AUGGCGGCGGCGGGGGAGAAGGCGAGGGUGGUGGUGGUUGGCGGCGGCCCCGCCGGCUCCCUGUUCGCCAAGACCAUGCAGGGCCACGCCGACGUCGUCCUCGUCGACCCGAAAGAGUACCUGGAGAUCCCCUGGGCUGAGCUGCGCAACAUGGUCGAACCAUCUUUUGCUGAGAGGUCAUUGAUCUAUCACAAAGAUUACCUCAACGACGCAACCAUCGUGACAUCUUCUGCGGUCAAUAUCACUGAAGACACUGUCCUGACUGCUGAUGGUCAGUCUCUUCCAUAUGAUUAUCUCGUCAUAGCGACUGGCCAUGCUUUGACUUCUCCUGCCAGCAGAGCUGAGAGGCUAAAAGAAUUCCAGAGAGAUAAUGGGAAGAUAGAGUCAUCAGAAUCUAUGCUGAUAAUUGGGGGUGGUCCAACUGGUGUUGAACUAGCUGCAGAGAUUGCGGUAGACUACCCAGGGAAGAAGGUGACCCUUAUCCAUAGAGGACCGCGUCUACUCGAAUUCAUUGGAGAAAAGGCUUCAAAGAAGUGCCUUGAUUGGCUGACUUCAAAGAAAGUAGACGUGCUUCUCCAGCAAUCGGUUGACUUGGGCUCAUUAUCAGACACGGAGAAGGUGUACAAGACAUCAGGCGGAGAAACAGUAACAGCUGAUUGCCACUUUGUGUGCAUUGGAAAGCCACUGAGUUCGUCGUGGCUACAUGAUACCAUCCUAAAGGAAUCUUUGGAUAGCAAGGGGAGAAUAAUGGUGGAAAAUGAUUUAAGAGUGAAAGGUUAUAAUAACAUUUUCGCGAUUGGUGACAUCACGGAUAUUCCUGAAAUCAAACAUGGGUACAACGCCCACAAGCACGCCCUGCUAGUGGCGAAGAACCUGAAGUUACUGAUCAAGGGUUUGCCCAACAGCAAACUGGCAACUUACAGCAUCGGUUACCUGCUGGCACUCGUCUCUCUUGGAAGGAAGGAAGGGCUGACUCAAAUUCCCUUGCUGACGCUCAGCGGGUGCUUGCCAGGCAAGAUCAAAUCCGGGGAUCUUUUCAUCGGCAAGACGAGGAAGGAGAUGGGCCUGAAUGGUUGGCUCCAGUCCGUGGAAGUUUGA